CGCGGCGCGCUAGUACGUAGGAGAGGCCCAGGCCCGGCAUGGCGGACGCGCGGUCCAGCGGCCCCCGGCGCGGCGGCACACGGCACGGGCUGCUGUAGAGGAUGGUGCGCCUGAAGUGGGGCGGCCCAUCGUUCGCCGAGCCCGAGGCGGAGGGACGGCGCGCGGCCGGCGACUGCGGCUCCUGCUUGGGCUGCUGGUGCUGGCGGCGGCUCUUCCCGCGGGGUGCGGCCCGCGGUGCGCGCAGCAAUAAGGCCCGGUACAUGCGGCCCGGGCCGGCGGCCCAGGAGCGCGGCCGCUGGGGCCCCGCGAGCCUGCGGAGGCUGCUGCAGAAGCUGGCGGUAUGGAGGUGGCGCUAUUCGCGCUGCGGGGAGCGGCCCGAGAGUCUGGAGGAGAUCCCGCUGCUGGCGCUGCACGGCGCCCAGGGGCCUCGAUGCAAUAACCGAGCCGGAAAGCAGUCGCUGCAGAGGCCUCCGGAUCCCUCCUGCUGCUGCCCCGCGGGGGCCAUUGUCUCUCCCUAAACACCCACGCGUUCAUGGACCCGUGUAAACCAACAUUAGAACCAAGGCCUGGAG